CCAAGAAAGAGUUGCUCUAGAACUCCUCAUUCAUGUUCUAACUGUUUUGAUCUCGCACCCUUUACAGUCAAAUUUAUCUAACUCAAUGCUUCAGUCUGCUGUGUUUUGAAAAUCGGUAGUACUUCUAGUUCACAUGACUUCCAAUCAAAAAGUACUAUCAUGUCUCAUUUAAAUUCUUCCAUCAUGACUUUUGAAAUAGAAAUUUAAUUUUUUGUAAGUGAAAAAACGAGAGUUUGUUUUCAUGCAUCAAUAGCCAAGCUUUUGUCCAAAUGAUACAUAAUCAAACUGUAGAGUAUUGCUUACUUUAUGAGGAAAACUAAAAAGUAUACUAUUUAUUGGAGCUUGAGUGGGUCUUUACCAAAAUCGCUCAAUGCAGGACUCUGUUUUAACACUUUUGUAUAUCCAUUUUUAUGCUCGAAUUUCAUUUUGGAAAACCAUCUUCGUACUUUUUUUUCCCUUUACCUUACCGCACUAUGAGUGUGACGAGUGUCAUAUGUUACGCAACACCUACUUCCGUAGGUCCAGCAUUGGCUUCUCAUGUCUCUUUUGCUUGUAUGAGUACUCAUCCUUUUUUGUAUCCCACCAGCCGUUUUUCCCUUUCAAUUUUUUGUUUUGGUCUUUUAGAUUUAGCUUCUUUUUGUUCUUUCAUGGUUUUGAUGAUCUGAUUCUGGUGGAACAUAAGUUGUCUGCGAGAAUUCUGAUACUAAACAGGCCGAAGCAGUUGAAUGCCUUGUCUUUUCAAAUGGUAUCUCGGCUUCUGGAGCUUUUUUAUGACUAUGAGUCAAAUUCUGAUGUGAAACUGGUUGUCAUGAAGGGAAAUGGAAGGGCAUUUUGUGCUGGUGGUGAUGUUGCGGCUGUUGUUCGUUAUGCCAACGGAGAUAACUGGAAGCUUGGUGCAAAGUUUUUUGAGAUUGAAUAUCAAAUGAAUUACUUGAUGGCAACAUACAGUAAACCACAGAUUUCAAUUCUUAAUGGAAUUGUCAUGGGAGGUGGUGCGGGUGCUUCUAUUCAUGGUAGAUUUCGCGUUGCUACAGAGAAUACCGUCUUUGCAAUGCCAGAAACAGCUUUAGGACUAUUUCCUGAUGUGGGUGCCUCAUAUUUCUUGUCUAGACUGCCUGGAUUUUUUGGAGAAUAUGUUGGUCUUACGGGUGCUAGGCUGGAUGGUGCAGAAUUGCUUGCAUGUGGCCUUGCAACACAUUUUGUGCACUCAUCGAAGUUGACUUCAUUGGAAGAAGCUUUAUGCAAAGUAGAAUCCAGUGAUACUGCUGCGGUAUCUGCUAUCAUUGAUAAAUACUCUGAGCAACCCUUGCUAAGGGAGAACAGUGCUUAUCACAGGUUGGAUAUAAUCAAUAAGUGUUUCUCUCGAAGAACAAUUGAAGAAAUAUUAUCUUCUCUUGAGAGGGAAGCGAUGAAUACGGCUGAUGAUUGGAUAUCUGCAACUAUUCAGUCUCUGAAGAAGGCAUCUCCAACAAGUCUUAAAAUCUUUCUCAGAUUGAUUAGAGAAGGCAAGGUUCAAGGUGUUGGUCAAUGCCUUGUUACUGAGUAUAGAAUUGUCUGUCAUGUUUUGCGAGGAGACUUCAGCAAGGAUUUUUUCGAGGGCUGUAGAGCUAUACUGUUGGAUAAAGAUAGGAACCCGAAGUGGGAGCCUUCCAAAUUGGAGCUUGUAACUGAUAGAGACGUUGACAUAUACUUCUCCAAGGUGGACGAGGAAUGGUGGAACGACUUACGGCUUCCCAAAAGGUUCAAUAAUUUGCCUGCAUGGGCCAUUUCAAAGCUUUAGAGCAUCAUAUCAGCAAUUCCUUAAUGACUUAAACAUAGCAUUCAACCAUGAAAUAAUGCCAGAAUCUCAAUGUCGGAUGACGACUUUAAAUCACGAGAAUCCAUUGACUGGCCAUAAUAUGUCUGUAUCAGUUCAGUAUAUCUCAAUAUGUUCAACAGUGACAAGGACUUGUCAGGUUAACUUCUUCUUGUUUAUUGUAUCCCUGCGUUACUUUUCAUACUUCCUGUAUAGGCUUACUUCAGAUAGCAUUAGAAAGUUGAUAGUCAAACUUGAAUAAAUCCUCGAAUAAUAAAUAUUCAAUGUAAAAGUUGAUACUCCA